AUGAUCAGAGGGCUACAGUAUGUUAAGGGGACCAGUAUAAAGAGCAGCCCAGCUCCCUGCUCUCCCAUCCAGUUCUCUCACCUCCUCCUCCUUGGGAACCAGGUGCAUCUCCUGCUCCCAGACAUGUCCUGCUACAACCAGUGCCUGCCAUGCAGGCCCUGUGGCCCGACUCCACUGGCCAGCAGCUGCAACGAGCCCUGUGUCAGGCAGUGCCAGAACUCCACCAUCGUCAUUGAGCCCUCUCCCGUGGUGGUGACCCUGCCCGGCCCCAUCCUCAGCUCCUUCCCGCAGAACACCGUUGUGGGAUCCUCCACCUCUGCUGCUGUUGGCCGCAUCCUCAGCUGUGAUGGAGUCCCCAUCACCUCCGGCUGCUGCGACCUCUCGGGCAUUUCCAGCCGCUACUGUGGCAGAAGGUGCCUGCCGUGCUAAAGAAGCCAGUGGCCAUGGCCCUGGGCUUCUUCUCUCCGGGAUUACGAACAUGGUGCUGCACAAAGGAGGAAUCUUCAGGCCAUUCCUUUCAGAAUGUCUGACCUUUCUCAGCUCCUCUGGCACAUGCUGGCAGGAAGGGGCCAGCCUGCACUUUCUGAAAAUAUGGCCCAUGCCUCUCCUUCCAUCCCUCCACCUACCUCCUUCUCUCCCUUUUCUUUGUGCUCUUCUUCUCAGAAGACGGGUCUCAGCUCAGAGUGACCUUUUCCUCUGUACACUCAUUAAAGAUGUUUGCAUC